CAAAAACCCGUCAAGCUUACGUAUAAUUAUUACAAGAAAACUUUUUUUGGCUAUGUUCUUUAACAAUGCAAACAUAUUUUUGAGAUCAGGAUUUUCUUUUCUUUAACAGAUUGCUCAUAUUACGUAAAUUAAGUUGAAUUUCCUGCCGAGAAAAGAACUAUUAUUUUCUUUUUCUCCUUGGCAUAAAUAUUUCCUUAUUUUAUGGAUCCUUUACAGAACAGCACAUUACCUGACAAUGACUUACCAGACCAACCCAUGGAAGAGGAGAUGUACUCUUCAUGGGCACUUUUGAUCUUGGUUUCUUUACUUAUUGGGGCUUUAUGGACAAGCUAUUUUUUACAAGCAAGAAAAAUUCGUGUUGUUCAUGAAACAGUGAUAUCCAUCAUGGCAGGUAUGAUUGUGGGUUUAGUUAUCAAACUCUCUCCUGGUACAAUAAUUCAAGAUAUGGUGAAAUUCAAACAAGGACUCUUUUUUAAUAUGUUAUUACCACCUAUUAUUUUAAAUUCAGGCUAUGAAUUGAAAAGACGUAAUUUCUUUUUGAAUUUUGGUACUAUUCUUGUGUUUGCUAUGGCAGGUACUUUUAUUGCGGCUAUUGUCACUGGCGUAUGUACAUUUUUAUAUGCCUUCCUGAGACCAGAAGGGAUUAGUAUUUCUUUUUUAGAUAGUAUGAUUUUUGGCUCUAUUUUAUCAGCCACAGAUCCUGUUACAAUCUUGGCCAUUUUCAAUCAACUGCAUGUGGAUCCUCAAUUAUUUUCCAUCAUUUCAGGCGAGUCUUUAUUGAAUGAUGCAGUUGCUAUUGUCUUGUCCGACACACUCCGUCAAUUUCGUGGACAGGAAUUACAUAUUGUAAAUAUCUUCAAAGGCAUUGGCCUUUUCUUGGGUGUCUUUUGGGCUUCUACUUUAAUUGGUAUUCUGUGUGGUGUCUUUGUUGCUUUAGUGUUGAAGCAUUCAGAGCUUUACAGAUUUCCUAGCCUUGAAUCUUGUCUUGUGUUUUUGUUUGCUUAUAGUAGUUAUUUUUUCUCGAAUGCAACACAAAUGUCUGGCAUUGUCACACUCUUGUUCACAGGUAUCACGCUGAAGCAUUAUGCGUAUGACAACCUUUCAAUCAAGAGUAAAAGAGCUACGAAAUCCAUGUGCUUGAUUCUGUCUCAGUUAUCAGAGAAUUUUAUCUUCAUCUACCUCGGUGUCAACUUGUUUACACAGGAUGACUUGGACUAUAAGCCUUUGUUUAUUUUGGUGACUUUGGGGUUCAUUUGCAUUGCUCGUUACGCCUCUGUGGCACCUUUGUCGAUGUUGAUUAAUGCAGUAUGUAGAGCACUUGGAAAAUCAGAUCAAUUACCCCGCAAUCAUCAAAUGAUGUUAUUUUGGGCAGGAUUAAGAGGCGCUGUUGCAUUUGCUUUGGCCUCAGGUAUCACAGGCGAUAGUGCACCUGCUAUGCGAACCACUAUUUUGGCUGUUGUCGUCUUGACAGUCUUGUUAUUUGGUGGCACCACCAGCCGAAUGCUUCAGGUCCUUGAUAUCAAGACAGGUGUGAUUGAGCCAGAGGAAUCAGAUAGUGAAGAUGAUGAUGAAGAAGAGUCAGACAAAAGACACCAUCGACCGCAUUCAUCUCAAUCCCAAGAAGAUGAAUUAUUAUCUAACAGAGGACCCGAAAGUUCAGAUUACCCUAAUAACGAUGUGUCUAUUGGAGGACUCUUGUCUGGUCCCUUGGGCGAACCAAUUCUUGAGGACAGACCUCCUCAUUGGUUUGUGUCAUUUGAUGAAAGGUGGCUUAAGCCCUUCUUGACCAAGAAGCAUGUCCAGCAACGCAACCAAACAUUAGCAGAGUACUGGAGAGAAAAAAGAAGAAAGAUGGAAAGAGCCAAUAGAAAUAUGCUGGAUGGCAUUCGACACAUGGGCAUGGAUGAUAAUAGUGAUGCUGUCACUCUAAAUUCAGUCAAAGGAAGCAGGCUGAAUCGAACAACAUCUUCUUCAAGUAGAUCUUUCCCUCGUCCUGGCCUACCGAGCAAUAACAAUACUUCUCCAAGAAUCGUAUAUGGUUCUGGAAGAGUGUUUGGUCGUUCGCCUUCUAUUGAAUCUGACGAAGCAUAAUGUUAUUGUAUUAUUGUGUAACUAAACCCAUUUCCAAAUCCA